GCUAUAAAGGCUCAACCAUAGCAUCUGCCAAAUAGAAACAGGACAGGUCAUAUAAAUUGAACAGAGCAUUCAUACGAACCAACUAACCUUUCGAGGUGUCGGAAAACACUCUUAGAAGGUGUAUGAAAGCUGCAGUUGCUGAUAGAUAUAGGCCUAACAUUCAACCAACAGCUGGAGUACUAUUAUUAAAGACCGGACAAGAUUUUAGAACCAAGACGUCCAGUUUAAGUAGAGUAUUGUGAAAGUUUAAGUCGUUUUCACUAGUAGAGGAGGUUGAAGCAUCAGAGUCAAAAUGUGUUCAGGCAACUUUGCCAAGUGUCUGGGAAUCAGUCUGAUGCCUCUGGCGAUUGUGUGUGUUCUGUGUAACAUACUGCUCUUUUUCCCUGGGGGAAAACCUGUGGAGAAAGAACACAUCACAGAGCAAGUCUGGUACUUCGGAGGCAUUCUGGGAUCUGGAGUUCUGAUGAUCUUCCCGGCUCUGGUCUUUCUGGGUCUGAAGAACAAUGACUGCUGCGGCUGCUGUGGCAAUGAAAGCUGUGGGCGGAGAUUUGCGAUGCUGAGCUCCAUACUGUUUGCAGGUGUUGGGGUUGCAGGGGCUGGUUACUCAGUUAUAGUUUCUGCUGUGGCUAUUAACAAAGGACCUAAAUGUGUGGUCUUGAUUAACAACACAGUAAAGUUUUGGGACUCACCGUUCUUAAAUGGUGACUACUUGUCAAACAACGAUAUGUGGGCGAAGUGUGUAGAGCCGUCUGAUGUGGUGUCCUGGCAUCUCUCCCUGUUCUCGGUGCUGCUCGUCAUGGGUUUGAUCCAGAUGGCGCUGUGUGCUGUGCAGGUGGUGAACGGCCUUCUUGGAUGUCUGUGCGGGGACUGCUGUCGAGGGAGCGAUGGAGCUGUCUGAGCCCUUCCUACAGCUGUGAGAGUCUGCAGGUGGCUGCUUCCUUUUUAAUUCUUUUUUUUAUUUUAAGGUUGACAGUAGUUUCUUGCUUUGUGCCAUGAGCUCAUUGAUUACGUUGUGUGUGUAUAUGACAACACUGGUGACAUUACAUAGCUCUUAUUCUAAGGAUGAUGUAUGAAAAGUGAUGGGACAAUGAGGAGACCACACUAUAACUUUAAUAAUUUCUUCUUAGAUAAACUUAAACGAAGGGAGCAACAUCUUAGAACGAAAGAGAGUUUCUCUCUUUAGAUAAAUAUUUUUCUGUUGCUUGACUGCCCUCUGCUGGGGGUUAAAUGUCAUAGAGACCAAUACAUCUGCACUAUUGAUACAAUUAUUGUUCACUUCUCACUGACAACUGUGUCACUGUUUGAAUCAAAAGUACUGACGCGUAUUGCUCACUUUAGGCAUGGAAGUAAUUUUUAUUUCACUUUUCCUUUGUACAAACUUACUGUAGGCCUUCUCAUGAGGCACUAAUUGAUCUAAUCUGAUAUUAAAGCAUAUCAUCUUUCUGUAA